CAUUCUUCAUUUUAUUUUCCAAUUUUUCCCCCCGUCACAAUCAUGACUGCCAUGGACGUGCCGUUGAGCUGGUUGGAAGACGCUGCUCGCCAAGUUCGCGGCCGACAGAUUGCUUGGGACGGCCACCAGCGUGCUGGAUUUAUCACUGAAGAGGAACUCGACAUGAUCCGCCGAUAUGACAACAAGGGCGCUGCCACUCAGAACGAGCUGCUCGCUACCCAAGGACAAAAGUACGGAGCACUCUUCCUGCACCUGCUUGGCAAGAUCACCGCCGAUCAGACCGUCCAAUACCUGAUUCUGCUGGUCGACGACCUGCUCUCCGAGAGCCGCGAUCGUGCCAAGCUCUUCCAUGCCUGCAACACAGCCUCAGACGGCGUGUUGCCAUACGCUCCCUUCCUGAGCCUCCUGCGUUCGCGAGAUGCAUACACUCGCUAUGCGUCUAAUAAGAUCCUUUCUGUUUUGCUGUCGACUGGCCGCCCCCUCGAUACCAGGAGCGUGUCCUUCUACGCUGCCUGGCUCUCCAACGAGCUCACGAGCGCUGACGAGAGCAGCUUGUCGGUCGUGCUCUCUGCUCUGCAGGCCAUCCUGUCCGUGGAGCAAAUCCGCAACGCCUUCUACUCUGAGACGAAGGGCGUCGAGCUGCUGAUUGAUGUUAUCGAUCGCCGCCGGCCAAAUUUCCAGAUUCAGUACCAAGUCGUGUUCUGCUUCUGGCUCCUGACCUUCACCCCCAGCAUUGCUGACACCAUCACGAUCCACCCCGUCGUCAACACUCUUUCCUUGAUUCUCAAGGGCACAACCAAAGAGAAGGUUGUUCGCAUCAUUUUGGCGACUCUUCGAAACUUGUUGGAGAAGGUCAAGGACUCGAAGCACAACGCUGCUCAAAUGAUUGGCGCCAAGGUGCUUGAGGCCGUCACCCUUCUUCAGACCAAGCAGUACGCCGACGAAGAUAUGGUUGAAGACAUCAAAUUCGUGCUUGACGAGCUGCAAAAGGCUGUCAACGAGCUCAGUUCAUUCGACCAAUACGCUGGAGAAUUGCGCAGCGGCAAUCUGCAAUGGAGCCCCGUUCACCGAUCGGAGCGAUUCUGGCUCGAGAACGCUGUUCGAUUCAACGACAACAAGUUUGAAAUGCUCCGGCUACUUGCUACCGUUCUCCAAUCCUCAACCGACCCGACCGUGCUUGCUGUUGCUGCGCACGAUGUCGGCUCCUAUGUCCGCUACGUGGAUGGUGGCAAGAAGACUCUCGAGUCUCUUGGCAUCAAGACCGCUGUUAUGCAUUUGAUGGCUCACCGCGACGACAACGUUCGCUAUGAAGCUUUGCUUGCCGUUCAAAAGCUCAUGGUUACCAACUGGGAGUAUCUUGGUCGCAAUGUCACGACUGCCAAAGAUCGUCUGCCCAAGCAUUAAGUUUUGUACCCCUUCAUUCCUUUUUUUUUCGUGGCGCUUCUCCUUGCUGUGCCAUCUCAAAUAUGCCUUUUCUUUUUCUGUGCACACAAUCGAUUUUGGUGGAAUUGUGUGGCAAUUUCGUCUUUUGAUUUUGGUUGUUAAUGUUGAUCUGU